GCAACUAGCCGACCGCAGUAUUUUUGUUGCCCUUCAAAAUCACUGUCAUAUUAUCAUUGUUUCCUCUUCUGCUUGCUUGCCACACACAAGAAGCCAUNNNNUCUGUCUAACAACGGCUGCCACGGGAAAUCAGUACGGUGGGUGCUGAGUGCCUUCAUUUACAAUAUUAUCACCGUGAAAUACAUUGCCUACACGAUCGUAGCUUUGUUGGCGGAAGUGAAUAGUAUAUUCUUGCAUACACGAAAACUAAUGCAAAUGCACAAAGUCCCAUUCACCAAUUCCGCAUAUCGAUUCAAUGCGGUGCUAAACUUGCUCACGUUUGCCGGAUGUCGCGGAUUUGCCCUAUUCCGAAUCACUUACGGAAUGUACAUAGAACCUCAUCGGAUGACUCCGUUCUAUUUUGCUCUGUUAUGUGCCAGUAUGCUGAUCAUGAACUUGCUCAACCCAGUUCUGUUUUGUAUUCUGUUGCGGAACGAUUUUCUUCGAUCAUCCACCUCCCGUUCCAAAUUGGCCAUCCAGUCUGUCGCCGAACAUAACUCGAAGUCCACUCCGUCCACCGAACAACUGACCAAUGAUUUGACAUCGAACCUGCCCACUUUAGGCCUAGGAUUUGCCGGCCCCCUAACGUGUGAUGGAUUUCCUGUACAGACGCGGUUUCGCGCAAUGAAUGGAAAAUUACGUGGCGAUUCAUCGGACUUGGUCAUUUCCGAAUUGGACUUCACAUAA